AAAACACAAACAAAAAUCUCGAGUCAAAUAUAUAAAUAUAAAUGAAACAAAUUUGGAAUCCAGUUCUCGAGUAGAUAGCUGUCUAUAAAUUCUCGGUUUGUUAGUAUAAUUAAACAAAAUCUGUUGUGCGCAUGAAAAAAAAAAUAUUAAGGAAUCCAAAUUAACUGUGAAUUCAAUAUGGCUCAGAUAACCGAGAAGAGGACGACGUCGGCCCGAUCGGGAACUGCGGCCAAGGAGAACCACAGUCUGACAGGACAGCACAAUCAUCACAAUCAGGGACACCAGCGCAGCGGCAAGGGCAUUGAGAUCCUCGACUUCCAUGAGUCUUGGCUGGAGGAGGUGGAGCUGUACAAGGACAAGAUGGUCAUGUGCAAGAAGUUGGCACACCACAACCAUAUGCCCGCCGCUGCCCACCACCUACAGCCGCAUCUUUCUGCUCCGAAUCGAAAUCAGGGCCGGGUUGUCCAGCCCACCACUCCGCAGCAUCGCAGCUCAGCCGGUGGAGGAUCAAUUUCUGGUGCUGCAUCUGCUUCGAUUUCCCUUUCCGCCUCCGCUCGUUCUUCGCCGCCUGGCCAUAAACAAAGAUCACCGCCAUCGCCAAGAAAACGCCUGACACCCGAGAAAGUAACCGUCGGUCUUGGCGGAGGAGCCUCCAAGGUUGCCGGUCAGCGCAUCGUCAUUCGAGGUUCCCCGCCUAAUAACUCCCCACCCAAGGUCGCUGUUACGGCUUCAAGCGCAGCGCCCUUUGUGGCCAAUAGUGUGCUCCAAUCGGAGCCGUACAAGAAAGUCCAGAUGCUUUUGAAGCGCGCAAGGGAGGAAGUGCUCUCCAAAAACUCACCUGGCUUUGGCAAUGGAGGCAAGCGCUCCAGUCUCAGUCCGCCCAACCAGGUCGACCUUCCCUCUUCAAGUAUGUCCUGCCCGAGUACCCAGACCCUGAAGCCAUCUCAGACCAGCAAGAUCGUGGUGAACUCGUUCCAUGGCAGCAGCAUGCUGAGUGCCCAGCAGCAGGAGGAGAAGAGCAGACUGCUCACUCAAAACGGGCUAACAAAGUCGGCUGCCAGCGCCUUGGAGACGAGCCUCUACGCCUCACUAUACGCCCAUCCGCCCCAGAACACCCAGCACCAGUUCCACCACCAGCGGAUUUCCGCCGGAGACCACAGUCCACCGUAUGUGGGAGUCUCCCUGAACAAGGGAAUCGGACAUGACCACGACCGGAAGCACGAAGACGAUCCCUGCGCAGCCAUUGAUGACAUCAACAACUACGACGAUUCGGACUCGGAGGAGGAGUACGUGGGCACGCCGUUCUUCCUGGAAGAGGACAACACGGAGACGCGUCAGAGCAAGCACACUCGCCUGCUGCCGGAGAAGACUCAGUCGAAGGAAUCGGUGGCCACCACUGAUUCAGAAGCUUCGGUCUACUUCCGUCCAGGGGCUAUCCUUUCGCCCAGCCUCUUCCCUCACGUUCCGCCGUACCUGAACUUCACCUCGCACGCUGACAAGGGACCCCCGAUGCCAGCAGCCUUGCAUCGAGUCCUGAAAUGGAAACUAAGUCCUGUGAUGCCAAAGAUUGUCAAGCGAGUGGUACUCAACUCAGGCUUCCGUAUCAUCAAGAACACCACCGACUGGAUGGCAGUUUGGGAGAAGCACAUGAAGAGCCCCGGCUUUAGGACCAUUCGAUCGCACCAGAAGUACAACCAUAUCCCUGGAUCGUUCCGAAUCGGACGAAAAGACACCAUGUGGCGCAGCAUCUACAACAAUAUGAAGAAAUUCGGCAAGAAGGAGUUCGGCUUUAUGCAAAAAUCCUACAUAAUGCCUGAUGACUUGGAAAGUCUGCGCCAGGUGUGGCCCAAAAAUGCGUCUAAGCUGACGAAGUGGAUUGUAAAGCCGCCAGCGAGUGCCCGAGGAACAGGCAUUCGAAUUGUGAACAAAUGGAGCCAAUUUCCCAAAGACCGUCCGUUGGUUGUUCAAAAAUAUAUUGAACGGCCGCUGCUGAUCAACGACAACAAGUUUGAUAUGCGUCUGUAUGUGGUGUUGACCUCAAUAAAUCCACUCCGAAUCUAUAUGUACAAGGAUGGACUGGCGCGGUUUGCGUCCGUAAAGUACAGCUCGGAGUUAAGCAAUCUCGACGAGCGCUGCAUGCACCUGACCAACUACAGCAUCAAUAAGUUCUCGCAGAACUACGCGAAGAAUGAGGACUUCAAUGCUUGCCAGGGUCACAAGUGGACCCUUCAAUCACUGUGGUCAUGCCUGGAGAAUCGUGGCGUGAACACCAAGCGCUUGUGGGCUACUCUGCGGAAUCUGGUGAUCAAAGGUAUCGUAAGCGGGGAGUCAGGAUUGAAUCGCAUGUACCGCCAGAAUGUGAACUUCCGCUACAAUUGCUUUGAGCUGUUUGGCUUUGAUGUGCUGUUGGAUGAGAACUUGGUGCCCUGGUUGCUGGAAAUCAAUAUAUCGCCCUCGCUGCACUCAGAACUACCCUUGGAUCUGCACGUAAAGGGUCCGCUCAUUCAGGCCGUGUUAAAUACGGCUCUCUACCAGGUGCCUCCAAAGCUGAAUGAACGCCAGCAGACGGAGAUCCUGGAAGAGCUGAAUCUGGCCGGUCCCCUGUGCCAUGACAAGCGCAUCUUCACCACCUGCCUGACGGCGGAGGAAGUGCGCAAGCAUAACCAGUACACCAACCGGAGCAUCGAGUUCCGAGAGGAGUACGUAGACACCAUUCUAGACAACCUGCUGCCGGACGAUGUGCGUUGCCUAAUCGUUGCCGAAGAUGAGCUGGCUAGAUGCCAUCCGCUGGAACGGAUCUUCCCCACAUCCGGUACCCAUAUAUAUUUGCGAUAUGUCGAGAAUGCCCGCUACUACAAUCGCCUGCUAGACGCCUGGGAGACGAAGUUCGCCAAGAACAGGGAAAUGGGCAUUGCCCUGCUGUCACGCUAUUGUCGGGACAAAUACCAUCUGCAGGUCUCGGAUGCCGCCAUGGAGAAGGAACCAAAUGUUGCACUUACCGAGAUCGAUAUGCUGCACGUGCGAAAGGAUGAGGUGCUGGACGGUGCCACCACGCUGGCCAUGCUUAAGCCCACCGCCGUGGACAGCAGCGAGUUGGUGGUACCGAGUCCGGAUGCCUCCAUCGAGGUUAAGUCCUGAAACCACAACUGAUCCCCUUCGAGAGAAUCGUCAACCGCCACCGCAUAUCGAAAUCAUCAUAAGAAAGUCAUUUCCGCAUUCAAUUCCGUUUCUGGUACUACACUACGCCCACAUCCCGUUCAAAUUUGCUUUGGAAUUGUCUCUACUGAAUACCCUGGAUCGUGCUGUCAUUAUUACUUAUUAUUUACGGAACAUAGAAAAAUUAUAAAGUGAAUAAACAACAUACAUUAUUUCGUGGUGUGAUAAAUGUAAA